CGCUGUAUCUUUCAUUCAUUACCUUAGCAACGCGUGCCUUGUCUUUACGUCAGCGCGCGCGGCUCUAGUGACCGGGUAUAAAUAUCAGCUGCAUGAGCGCGAGAACUCGAUGAAUGCAGACAGAGGUGUGUUUGAUGCUGCCAACAUGAGCGGACGAGUAGGAGACCUCAGUCCCAAACAAACUGAGGCUUUAGCACAGUUUCGGGAGAAAAUAGCAGAUGUGUUGGAUCAACUGCCCAAUCAAACUGACCAUUAUCUGCUCCGGUGGCUCAGGGCUAGAAGCUUCAAUGUCCUCAAAUCUGAGGCAAUGAUUAGAAAGCAUCUGGAGUUUCGCAAGCAUAUGAAAGUAGACACCAUCAUUGACGACUGGAAGCCACCUGAGGUCAUUAAGCACUAUGUGGCAGGGGGAUUGUGUGGCUAUGAUCGUGAAGGAAGUCCUGUCUGGUACGAUAUCAUCGGCCCUCUUGAUCCAAAGGGCCUUUUACUGUCGGCUAGCAAACAAGACUGCCUGAGGACCAAAGUCAGAGACGCUGAACUUCUUCGACAAGAGUGUGAGAAGCAGUCUAAAAAGCUUGGCAAAUAUAUUGAAUCAAUCACCAUCAUUUAUGACUGUGAGGGGCUUGGCAUGAAACAUAUUUGGAAGCCUGCCGUUGAGAUGUAUGGCGAGAUUCUGACUAUGUUUGAAGAGAACUAUCCAGAGAGCCUAAAAAAGGUGCUUUUAAUCAAAGCCCCUAAACUCUUCCCUAUUGCAUAUAACUUGGUCAAACACUUCUUGCGUGAGGAAACAAGGCAGAAGAUUGCUGUGCUGGGUUCCAACUGGAAAGAGGUGUUGAGGAACUAUGUGGAUGCAGAUCAGUUACCUGCGGUUUAUGGGGGAUCCAUGACUGAUCCUGAUGGAGACCCUCUCUGUAAGACCAUGUUACGUUAUGGUGGUGUAGUGCCGAAGUCGUACUAUGUGCGGGACUCUAUCAAAGUGAAGUAUGACCAGUGCAUCACUAUUAGCCGUGGCUCAUCAUACCAGCUAGAUUAUGAGGUGCUCUUUCCAAACUGCGUACUACGAUGGCAGUUUGCGAGCGAGGGGUCUGAUAUCGGUUUUGGACUUUUCCUGAAGACGAAAGGGAAUGAGACAAAAAAAGUAGAAGCCAUGCAGGCAAUACUGCCUAGCGAACGUUACAAUUCCCACCUAGUUCCAGAAGAUGGAUCCAACACCUGUGAGGAACCAGGCAUCUAUGUGGUCCGGUUUGACAACACUUACAGUGUGCUACAUUCAAAGAAGGUCAGCUUCACUGUGGAUGUGCUUCUACCUGAAGGACAUACAGGAAAACAGGCAUAAAACUCGACUGGAAUCAGACUUUAUAUCAUAUAUCCAUUAGCAUUAGAUAAGAUUACUCAUGCCCUUACAUCAUGGACUUUGAGCACACUAUGUUUAAACACGGGAAAUCAAAACUACUAGAUAAGUGUUUUUUGUGUGUGUUUUUUUUUCAAAGUUUUUACAUAAUUAUUCUCUCUGUAAGCAAAUUACUAUCGAUAAUUAUGAAAAGUGGUUGUACGCAAGCAGUUCCUAAAGGGUGUUGUAUGAACCGUUUCCAUGUAUUUGUAAAAAAAAAAAA